AUCAUAAGGCUAUUAUGUCCAAAGCACACCAUUCCCCCUGCUUGGUUCCAUGUGGAUAAAAUAGUUUGUGGGGUGAAUAGGGAGAAAACAAUUACUUUAUGCUAUCCAUAGGCAAGGAUGAAGAAUAUAAACGACAGAGCUAAUGAUAAUCCCAAAAUUCCAUUAUUAUUUUCUGCAAGGAAAGUGUUUCUUCUAGUCGUGAUGAUGUAUACUGGUCUAUUACCUUUCGUGCCACUACGGGAAUCAUGUUUAGAGUUAUUUAUGCCCCAGGUUUUAGCUAGAAUACCCUUGUUUGAAGAACGUUUGAAGAAGAAGAGAUACAGUAUUUUGUUUUGGUUAAUAAACAGACUGCUGAUGAACAAAGCACUUUUUUGUCAUUUAGAGAAGCGAGGCAUACAGACCUACCUAUGGGUUCUAAAUGAAGAUAAAGACUAUGAAGCUGCUUUUCAACUUGGAGCUACUGGUGUGAUGACUGACUACCCAUCAAAGCUCCGAAAGUACUUGGACAUUAAGCAGGUAGCUCAGAGCUGAUUAUAGCCACUACCUAACCAAAGACCAUUUUGCUUACUUCUCCAACUUCAUAACAUUCUUCACUUGCAAAAACAAGAGAAAUUCCAACUUAUUCAAGAAGUUUACACAGUUAAAAAUAUUUGAGAAAAUUUUUUUAACAAAUUUAUUUGGAAAUCACUUGUAAUUUCAUUUUUGAAUUUUGAUGUUAAUAAGGAAACAAUAUUAUGUAAUUUCCAAGUUAACUUUUUUAAACAUAUUUAACAUUGUAUGUGUAAUAGUGAAAUGUAAUCAAAGUGAUCUAUUUGUUUUUUUUAAUCAUGUAAGUUUAAAUCUUCUCUGUAGUUUUUAAAAAGUAAUGUAUUAGCAACACUUGACAUUGGUCCUGUAAUUAAGUCAUCAUGAUGAAUGCUGCACUGAUCAGAAUUAGAUUUAACUCAGUAUUGACUUCCUAUUCAUUACAAGACACAACAUAUAAUCAAUUUGAAUUCAAGUAAUGGAUAAUAUAGUACAAAUUAAGUUUGCUCUGAUUGAACAAGUGAUUUGGCUCAUAACAAUUAGAUCUAUUAUGAGACCUACUUACUUCACAAAACAGAAGUUUUUACAUUUUAUUUGAUUGGUUGAGGACUAUAGUUUUGAGCUGUUUGAGGUGAUCAUGGGAUUAUUCAAUGUGAGCAAACAUUUUUCAUAUUUUAUCGAGAUGUGUCUUCUGUCUGUUGCUUUGUUGGAUCAAUAUCAUGUAUGGGGUAAUGAAUCUGUAAAGUAUGCACUUUAAAAUAUCAUUUUCAAUUUGUGAUUAAAAGAAAUAGAAAACCCAAAGGUAUUUUUCAUAAAUUUUUUAACUUGUUAUUAGUUGGAGUAAGUGAUAUAUCUUUUUUUUUUAUUAUUGCUAAUUAGAAAGGUAGAUGCCCUGUCUUACGAAUAUGUAUCAACAAGUGAUCGUUAAUUAUCAAUAAAAAUA